AAUACCAGACAAAACAAAAAAAACAACGAGAGACACGUAAAACGUGAGUGAUCAGAGAGUACUUGUGUCAAGAGGGAGACGAUAUCAAUUCGAUCGAUAAUCGAUUUAUUUAUUCGAAAGCAAUCAAUCAAAAAUAUGGAGGUGUUUGGUUUUUCGGAGACAGAGAUGGAAGCAGCGGAGCAGCUAGUGCAAUUGAGCGAAGACGAUACGUUGAGCUGUAGCAGCGGUACAGGCUUUAGCGUCAGCGGUUGUGAAGGCGGAGGAGGCAAUACGAAGAUACACGAAGAUGUUGUUUGUUCUGAGAUUCGUGAGGAGCAAAAUGACGUUGUACAUAUGAUGAAUGAUAAGAAUGCUACGGACGCUCAAAGUUUUGUGAAGGCAAUCACGGAGACGAACAUAAUAAGGAGGAGGAGGAGGUAUAAGAAGAAAAAGUUUCGAUCUCUUGCGAGUCUUUACAAGGCAACGAAGGAGAUGACGAGUGACUAGUUGAUUAGUCGCAGGUGAUUAUGGCUAAUUACGUUGUAAUGGCCUUGUUUAAAAGCGUGUGUCGUUUGACUAUCUUUAUAAUAUUAUUUGAGAAGCCAGUUUUUAUGUGUCGCACUCACAUUAAUUUUCACGAUGGUUGAUUACACGAAUACCCUUAAUGAAUUAAUCUUAGCUAUACCAAAUUAUCAUUAC